AUGCCAUCAGAGAGGGACAGUCCGGCACUGCCCUCGACGGAAAUAUCGGCGGCCGUGUCUUCGCCUCCUCUGACCUUGCCUCCAGCUGGUCAGGAUGGGCGAGACGCACAGCGAGCCGUCGCCGGCGAGACUGACCCAGACACUACGGCAGGUGUCGUACCCAUACCCAUACCUUCGUCAGAACCAAGACCAAACAAGCAGACCGUCUCUCAACGUCACCCCUCCAACACCUUCUACCGCUCAUGCGAGAUAUCCUUCAUGGAACCGGUUGGAUCCAUGUCGAUCAGCCCUGCCAAUCGCGAUGUAGUGCUCGCGGCUCGUCAGGGACUCUUCAUCAUCGAUCUCGAGGACCCCUACGCUCCGCCGCGCUUCUUGGCGCACAUGACCACAUGGGACGCUGUCGACAUUCAAUGGUCGCCUCAUCCCGCAAGAAGCAACUGGGUCGCCAGCACCUCCAAUCAAAAGCUGCUCAUCUGGAAUCUCGACAGACCCGGGGAUCCGCGUGCAGCUGCACCGUCGACAAGAAUGCUGCAUCGCGGCUCGAUCCACAGCAGCAUCAGUCCCGUCAUACCCAGCAACGCACACUUCUCAAACCAACGCAGCAGCACCUAUCAAAGCGUAUACAACAGUCACAGUCUGCAUUCGGGCGUCACUGGAGGCACGCGCAGUGGCUUUGGCGCUCUUUCGGCUGGCUCACCGUAUGCCGAGACGCACGCAUCCGCCGCUUCCCGACUGCAACUAUCUGCUCCGAGAUCCUCGGCCAUCGAGCACGUUCUUCACGCGCACUCAAGAGCCAUCACGGACAUCAAUUGGUCGCCAUUCCAUCCUGAACUUGUCGCCUCCAGCUCGAUCGACACUUGGACUUGGGUGUGGGAUCUGCGCAUGAGUGGCGGCUCUGACGGAUCCGGAAGCGGUAGACAGAAGCCAGCUCAGGGCUACUCGGCCUGGAACGCCGCGGUGACCCAAGUCAAGUUCAAUCGCGCGAGCGAGCAUCGUCUUGCUUCCACGUGUGACAACAAGGUGCUCAUAUGGGACGAUCGCAAAGGAUCCUUGCCUCUUGCGACCAUCGAGGCGCACGAGAAUAAGAUCUAUGGCAUCGAUUGGAGUCGAGACACCAGCCUCGGCUUGGACAGACUCAUCACCUGCUCCCUCGAUCGCACCGUCAAAUUCUGGAAUCUGGCGUCCGAUACUUCGCAGGCUGCCAUCGGCGCAAGAGAGCUCGUCACCGAGGCAGAGUCGGUCAUCGAGACGCGGACGCCAAUCUGGCGUGCACGUCACCUUCCCUUCGGCAAUGGCUGCAUGACGUUGCCGCAGCGCGGUGACACCACACUCAGCAUGUGGGCCAAGGACCAGCCCGAAGAGCCAAAGGCUACUUUUGCCGGUCAUACUGAUAUUGUCAAGGAGUACCUCUUCCGAACUAAGGGUGGCCAAGAUCGAGGCAGCGACGACCGCCAGUUCCAGCUCAUCACCUGGUCCAAGGAUCAGACACUGCGACUCUGGCCCGUCAGCGAUGAGCAGACGCGCAAAGUGGGUCACAACCCAGGCGCACCCAUCCGCGUCUUGCUCACUCGAGCCAACGCGCCAGACAUCUCGUAUCGUGAUCCUCCUCUCGUCCUCGCCCCGGCUGGUGAGGACGCUGCUCAGCUGGCAAGUCAGGCGUCUGGCAGCAACAUCACCACUUCAUCCAUUUUCCCACCGGAGCAUGCUACACGCUCGCUGCUCAGUGGAAAAGGUAGUGGCAGCAAGAUCCCUACCACCUCGCCCUACAGCUCUUCGGUAUCGGGCUUCCAGAGUGUGCUGCGUGACGGUAGGGCGAGCCCGCUGGCACCAUUCGGUGCUAGCUCCGGUGGUCGACAGAGGGGUCUCAACCACAGUUCCAGCCAUGGCGAUCUCGGUGCAGACCUCAACCAGCUGUCCCGCAGCCCAAUACUUGCACGAUCGUGGGGACGUGUCGAGGGACAGCGAGCAUCUGAGAAGGGUUCCGACCGCGUCCACACCACUCAGCUGGCGCGCUCGUUGCCAAAGCAAGCGGGCGAGAGCAACAUGAGUCGUUUUGGAAGCUCGCUUCACAGUGGAACACACGUAGGGGGCAGCGCAUCCCAACACAGCGGCGGCCAUUCGUCAUUCAAGCUACCUGCCAACCUUCGCAACAAGUCAAUCGGAGGAUCUGGUGCGACCGCCAAGCAAAGGUCUUUGACGCAGAAUAGAUCGUCCGCGCGUCCGCUGCCGAUACAGGAAGAGCGCAGUGGUGCCCGUGAGCAUUCGAGGAAGCAUUCCGAGCGCAAGGACAAGGACAAGGCCGCCAGGAGAGAGGAACGCCGUAAGCAAUCCAAGAGGUCCGACCCCCGAGACGGCAAGAGGGGCGUGGGCGCAGCUAUGCGGUUGGACAGGGGUCGUGCAGCCGCUGCUGCGGUAGACCCGAUCGAAUGGAUUGCCAACGUGCGUCUGGAGAAGGAAGCCGACCACGACAGAAAUCUUUCAGAGGAUCAAACGGGUGGAGAGACUAGCCAGACGCGCGACUCGGAUGGCAUCGGACCGCCUCGCCUGGCUGCCAACAGAGGUAAGCGCGGGGGCGUCGCCUUCGGUCGAGGCGGGCUCACCACGGAAGACGACACCGACGUCGACACAGGCUACACGGCGCAGGGGCUAGGAGAAGAGAUCAUCAGCAUCAAUCGCAAACUGCCGCGCAUCGUGUUCGAAAAGGUGGAGCUUACGCGUCGCAUGUGCGUGCUGACAAUGUACGGUCCAUGGGCCGACCACGAACCGGCGUUCUUGCGCAUCAAAAUCAAGUUCCCGUCGAGCUAUCCACGACGACCGCCACACUUCGACUUGGAGAGGGGCGCCAACAUCAGUCUCAAGACGCGUGCGUACCUGCUGCGCGGAUUGUCGCGUCUCUCGACCAAAGCGGCGAAAGCGGGGCGGCCGUGCAUCGAGGUAUGCGCACGUUUUCUGAUCGGGGAGCCGAUCAAGUCGCUGGACGACGGUGAGCCACACGGAGACGAUGAUGACGACGAGGUCGAGCUCACCACGAGCAGAGGCGGCGGAUCGAUAGCGACGGACUCUGAUUCGGAUCCCGAGCCGCUGGCGUUCCGACCUGCACGAUCGAUGUCGAUCAAGGCAGAACAGAUACUGCCCGGACUCAAGAUACCUCCCAGGAGGAUGGGAGCUUCUUUCGGACCGAACAAUGAGCUCGUUGUGUUUGGCGGGUCUCUCAAUCUGUAUGCCCAAUCGCGCGUCUCGUCUCGCCAAGCGUCGCGUCAGGCAUCGCGCCAAAUGUCGCGGCAGGCCUCACGAUCGACGUCGCAGGCACCACAGGCUGGAGGAACAGCAGGGCGGAGCAAGUCUGUCUCUGCGCUCGCGCGAACGCGGUCAAAGUCGCGCUUAAGAGCCAGCAAGGAGGAAGCAGAGAGCGAGAGUGGCGGCGAGCAGAGUCCUGGACGACGCGGCAAAGACAAGGAGGAAGACGAUGGGGAAGGGUCACGCUUCUUGCGUUCGUACACAGCGCUGUCAAAUGCCAUGUCGUCGCUGGCACGCUAUUCGAGGAUGACGAGCGAAGGCGCGGGCACGGGAUACUCGGUGCGCGACUCUGAUGUUGUGCAGCUGAUGAGUUCCGACUUUUUCGCGCGUCGACUGCUUCAGAAGAAGGAUUUCUUCGAGGUCUUUGGCAACGCCGUUGCGGACAGCGCGGGCGCGAAAGGCGGGAUAGACACUCCUGUCGGCAACAAGGAUGUGCUCGUGGCUAGGCAGAGAGCGGCGUCAUCGCGAUUCUACAGCGGAAGUGGGGCUUCGACUCCAGGAGCGAGGCGAGGCCCGGUUGAUGACAAGACGGGCCACGUUUCGGCUGAUGAACACGCGGAGACAAAGGAAGGCGGUAGCGGAGCCAACUUUGCGCAUCAUGCAGAUCUGCUCGGAUCUUUGCCAGCACCUGCUGCAUUCUUGGCGAUUGACAGGCUAAAGGAGUCGCAAAGGAAGAGACAGAUCGGACUCGUGACGAUCUAUCAGCUUGUCGAGAUCGUCGCUGACGCAGCAGAGGACGCAUCCUUGCUUCAGCAAGAGGAGCAGCAGCAGCAGCAGCAGCAGCAGCAAGGGUAA